AUGGAAGAAUAAAAUCAUUUAGGAUCUGAUGGAAGUAUAUUUAAAGAUGAUAAUUUAGAUAACAUUUUUAGUUAAAACAAAUAAAGUGUAAAUGAAGAAAUUAUGUGCAAAUAGCAUAAAAGUAAAGUAGAAUUUGUUUGCCUUUCAUGUUUUUGUUCUGAGAAUAAAUAUUUAUGUCCAAAAUGCUAUAGAUAUCAUUAGAAUCACUCUGAGUAUGUUUAAUCCCUAGAUAGCUAUUAGUAGACAAUAUUAGAAAGAGAAUAUGAAUUAUUUAAUCAACGCAAAUAAACAUUCACAGAACGAAUUCAGUAGAUGAAAAGAGUGAUUUAUAAAAUUCAAAAAUCUAUUGAUAAAUAUGAAGAAAACGAAAUGAAGGAUAUCUAAGCUCACUUUGAAGAAGUAAAUUUAAGAUGCAAGGAAGAUAAACACAAAUUUUUGAAAGAUUUUUGUGAUCCUCAUUAUGAUACUAAUAAAUUAUUUACAACUCCUCUGUUUAGCAAAGAGAUAAAUUAUUAAAAAAUUCAAGAUACUGCUUAAAAUCUCUUAAAUCAGAUUGAAAGAAAAGAAUACAACAUUUAGAAUCUUAUUGGAUAUCUUAUUAGAUAAGAUAAUUUUUUUGACAUAGUUUAAAAGCAUGAAAAUUAAUCUCAUUAAAAUGCUCAUAUGGGUGAUAACUAAUAGCAAGGAGAUCAAUAAAAUUAGAAUCAAAGCAAUAAUGUAUUAAGCUAAAAUGAAUUACCUCAAGUAGAUGCUAAUAUUUUAAAUCAAUAAAAUAAUUAAAAUUUCAAUGGAAUUAUUCAAUAAGCACAAGAUGAAGAACCUGAAGGUAACUAAGAGAAUAAUGAAGAGGAUGAUGAUGAUCAAUAUGAAGACGAUGAUGAGGAUGAUGAUUAUUUAGAAUUAUGGCUAUCUGAUUCUGAUAUUUCUAGUGAAAUGCAAAAUGAAAGAAAAAUUACUUCAAUUUCAAAAUAUAAUUCUAACAUUUUGGUAUUUUGUAAUACUAAUUCUGUUUACUAUUAUGACUUCGUAAAUAGAAAGAUUCUUUACCAUACUAAAUUUACUGGGAAUGUUUAGAUUAUCAAAAUAAUAAAGCUCAGCUAAGAAAAGAUGGCAAUAUUAGUGAGCAGAGAAUUUCUUGACACUUAGCUCCUUCCUGGUGUGAUCACAUUUGAAGUUUUUUAUGAGGUUUUAACUUUGAAAAUUUAGAAUAGGAAAAUUUAAAAAAGGAGAAUAUAUGCUGAAAAACGCGGUUACGAAAUCAGAGACAUUUUUGAAGUGAAAAACUCAUAGCUAAUAGCUAUUGUAUAAGAGGAAUAAGGUAUUUUGAUAUUGAAUAGCUUAACUGGAAAGGUAAUUUCAAAAUACAAAAGCGAUAUUGAGUUUGAUGUACCUUUUGAAGGAAUAUAUAGCUGCACUAUGCUGUACAAUGUCAAAUAUGAUGGUGUAUUUUAUAAAUAUUUGAUAGCCCUAAAUUUAAUAGAUGGAUCAUAUGGACUUUGGGAUUUCAUAGGAAAUAAAUACAUUAAGAGAAAAAAUUUUGUUCACAAUAUUGGAUUGAAUUAUAAAUUCAGCACUUCUGUGAGAAUAAAAGAUGCAUUUAAUGUGAAUAGUAAGAAGCUAAAUAAUAAGUAUUAGAUAGAUGAUUCUGAUGAAGAAAAUAUUAUAGAUGAUUAGUAAUUAACGUUAAUAGUCAUAUAAGGUGAUAGGAAUGAAACAUAUUUGCAGAGAGAUUACGAUGGAUAACUCGAAGUUAAAAUGCAUCAUAGGCUCAUUGAUUUUUUUGAUUUAUUUUACAACUAGUCAGCUAUACCUUUUUAUCAUAACAAUUCUAUUUUUUUCUAUGAUUUUAUAUAAAAGAAGAGGAUUAAAACUAUAUCCUUGCAUACUAAAUUUAGUAUUUCUGCAUAUCUUUAGCAAAAUUAAUUAAGCUUAUAAUAAAACUAGCUUAAUCACAGCAAUAACUAAACAAAUACAUCUGGAAGUUAUCAAGCCUAGGAGUUGCUUUAAAACUAUAACAGAGGUUUAAAUAUAGAAAACAGUAAUUAAAAUAUGCAAACAUCUGCUAAUCAAAAUAACAUAAAUAACAACUAAAUUUAUUCAAAUAGUUUGAUUGAAAGCCAAAUAAAUCAGAGUGAAGAAGAUAGAAAAUGUAUGAGAUCUCAAAAUUUGUCUUUGAACUAAAAUAAUUAAGACAUAUAAAAUGAUGAUCUUCUAAGCUAGUCUCAGUUAAGCAUAGCUUCAAAGUAAAAAGAAAGGAAUUCAUAAAUUCCAUCAUAAAGAUCUUCAAAACAAAAAAAGGAAAUUAAGCAAGUGUAUCCAUAAAAUAAUAACCCAAAAUAAAAUAUACCCACAUUUUCUCAGAUUUGGGAAGAAUCUCUUUUGUAAUUUCAAUAAAACUAAACAAAUAACAAUUAAUCAACUCCUUUUGAGUAUUUUCAAUAAAAUUAAUAAUAAAGCUCUUUAAAUGAAAAUUAGUUUAAUAAUUAGCUUUUCAAUUCGAUUGGAAUUUAACAAAGAAGAGAAGUUGAUACACUCAAUUAUUUAAAUUUUGGUAAUCAAUAAGCUAGAAGAAAUUUCCAAAAUCAAAUUCUUAAUCCAUAAUAAUAAAAUGAUUUACUCUAGCACAAUAACUAUAAAUUAUUUGACAUAUGCCCUAUAGCAAUUAUCAAUCACUUUGAAUUUAUUUUGGUGAUUUUUCCAAAUGGUGUAAUUUAAUAUAUAAAAUGA